AUGGCUUCCAGCAACCCCCAAACCAGGCACAUCCUCAUCUCCGGCGCCGGCAUCGCCGGCCCCGUCCUCGCCUUCUGGCUGCACCGCGCCGGCAACAUCCAAUGCACCAUCGUCGAGCGCUCACCUGCACCACGCACGACGGGGCAACAGGUCGACAUCCGCGGGGAGGCGCUGGAAAUCGUGCGGCGGAUGGGGCUGGAAGACGCGGUGCGCAGCGCGACGGUGCAGGAGCGCGGCAUGGCCAUCGUCGACGGCGCGGGCAAGCACGUGGCCGAGUUCGGGUCGCAGGAGGGGGCGGAGGGGGGCAAGUCCUUCACGGCGGACGUCGAGAUCCUGCGGGGGGAGCUGGCGCGGGUCUUGUACGAGGCGACGAAGGGCGUCGAGGGGGUCGAGUACGUCUGGGGGAACUCGAUUGCGGGGGUGACGGAGGUGGACGGCGGGGUGGUGGUGAGGUUUGCGAAGGAGCUGGGCCAUGGGGAGGAGCAGCGGCCGGAGCGCCAGUUCGACCUGGUCGUCGCGGCCGACGGCAUGAACUCGAAGACGCGCGGGCUCGUGUUCGACGACGCGGACGCGCUCAAAGACCUCGGGCAGCACAUGGCUUACUUCACUAUCUUGCCCGCGCCUAGCGACACGCGGUGGGCGACGUGGUAUAACGCGCCGCGCGGCCGCCUCGUCUUCCUGCGCCCGGAUCUGGACCGCAACCGCGUGGGCGCCUACCUGGCCGUCACCAACAACGACGACGUGCCGCGCAACUACCUCCAGCUGAGCGUGCCCGAGCAGAUGAAGAUGUGGGACGACCUGUUCCGCGACGCCGGCGGCGAGUCGCAGCGCGCCAUCCGCGGCAUGUACGCCUGCGACGACUUUUACAUGCAGCAGAUCGCCCAGGUCAAGAUGCCGCGCUGGACCAAAGGCCGCGUCGCGCUGCUGGGCGACGCCGGAUACUGCCCCUCGCCCAUCACCGGCAAGGGCACCUCCCUGGCCAUCAUCGGCGCCUACGUGCUCGCCGGCGAGCUGAGCAAGCACCGCGCCGACCACGAGGCUGCCCUGGCCGCCUACGAGGACGUGAUGCGGCCCGUCGUCGAGAAGGCGCAGAAGAUCGGCCCCGGCGCGCCCGCCAUCGCCAACCCGCAGACACAGUGGGGCAUCUCUAUCCUCAACGGCUUUCUGGGUGCUGUUUCUUGGACCGGCCUGGCGGGUUGGUUCCAGGGCUUUCUCCUUUCCGACAAGCUCAUCGAUCUGCCUCCAUAUGAUAUGUGA